AUGCUGUCAGAUAACUUUGAUUUUGAUGAAGGCAGUGCAAUUUCUGUUAAAAAAAAAAUAAAAGUAGUAGAAAAAAAUUUAGAACGUUUAUUCAAAAUGAAACCUUUACAUAGAAAUUAUAAAAAACCUAAAAUAGAUCCUAUUUGUAAAGAUAUUAAACCAGUCAUCGAGCAACCUUUACAUGAACCUGAUAAGUUAUUUGAAGAAAAACAUUUAUGCAGUAACAACUCAACAUUAAGUGUAUUAUUACAUAAUGAAGAUUCAUGUGAAAAUAAUCAGUUAUUAAAAGAAUCAUUUGAAGGUAGUUGUAAUUCACAUGAUGUUAUCAAACAGAAACAUAAUUGCAUUAAUGAAAUUGAUAUGUCCUAUGAUAUCAAUAACCAAAAUUCAAAUGGAAAUCUGUUUGUUAGAUCUGAAGAACAAGUUGAAAAACAAGAUACUCAUAAAAAUAAUAAUUUACAAUUAAUUUCAGAUGAUGAAUUUGAUAUUGAAAUAAAUAAGUUAAUACAUGGUAUUGAAACCGAAAUAAAAAUAAACGCAAAAGAAAGAACUACAGAAAAAUUGACUGAAUAUUAUAGUAAUGAUAAAAUUGAUGACUUACUGGAUAAACCAUGUCAAGACAAAAUUAAUAAUCCAAAUAAUAUUACAAACAAAAAGGAAAACUAUGCAAAUGACAUGAAUGAAAUCAUAAACUGUAUGACUAACUCAAAUGAAAAACAUGAUGCUCAUGGAAAUAUUAAUUUAGAAUCACUUUCAGAUAAUGAAUUUGAUUUUGAAUUAAAUAAGUUAAUACAUGAAAUGAUAAAAUAA